AUGUUCAACCUCUUCAGGUACCUAUCUAUGCUCGUCGGUUGCAUAGGCGUGUUCAUCGCUGCUAAGGGUUACGAUUUCGGUGGAGUGGACUUGGGCUUUCUCAUUCUUCUAGGAGUACCCGUGACUAAAUCUAUUCAAGUAACUGGGCAGAAGGUCGCUCUCAGCACGAUGAGGCCUAUGGCGGUUCAAUUCUACCAGAUCGUCUGUUUAUUCGCUUUCACGACACCCUUCACACUUAGUGUGCUUGGAUGGGAUAUGCCGAGGACAUGGUACCUCAUUUCGAUGCUAGGAUUCCCAGGUUGGGGCGCAGUUUUGUAUUCUGUCUUUUUCAUCAUUCUUAUCUCUUGGAGGAUCCAAUUAGCAGCUGUGAAGCAGCUUGGGCCCAUCGCGGUCGGGCUCUAUCAGGUAACCCAGCCAGUGUUCUGCUUCAUUUUUGCGCACUUCCUUCUUGGAGAACCGAUUUUCCCUCAUCAAGUGUUGGGUGGUAUUCUUGUCUGCAUCGGACUCGGGAUAUUCGUCUAUGGUCAAUACUUGGCGGCCCUUAAGAAAGAGCGAGAGGCGGAGCGUGCCCGUGCAAGGGAGAAUGAACGUAUACCUGAUGAGUCUCCUCAGCCUAGAGAGGAUGGUGACGUUAUGGAAGAUGGAAGGGCCAGUGAGAAUGUGCGACCCCGUCGGAAGAACAGUCGGGGUGUCGGCCUCCACUUCGCGAGUAGCGUGAGCGAUAUGUGA